AUGUCGAAAGCCCGUGAGCCCGUCUCCUCUGAAACCUCUUCUGGCGAGGAGAAAACCCACGAUUCUUCGUCUGAGGAAAUCGAUUCUGAGCCCGAACAGAUCCGGAAGUCUUCCGCACCGCCGGCCGCCGCGAGGAAACCCCAAACCCCUUCCGCCAUUAUGCCCGCCCCUUCCGCGAAAGGCAAAGACAAGGCCACCGCCGCCUCCGCCUCCGCUUCAGCUUCCAGAUCUACUAGGAAGCGGGCCGUCCAGGAGGAUAAUGGGACGGAGGCCACUGGUAAAAAGAAGUCGAAGAACAGUAAGAAGGCUGAACCCGAGGCCGAGAAGAAACAACUGUUCCAGAGGAUAUGGAGCGAGGCCGACGAAAUCGCCAUCCUCAACGGAAUGCUGCAGUUUAGGGCGGAGAAGAAAUCCGACCCCAGGGAUAAUUUUGACGAGUUUUUUGAGUUGAUCAAGAAGAAUUUGCACUUUGAUGCGACGAGGGCCCAGCUGAAGGAUAAGAUUUUUAGGCUGAAAAAGAAGUACACAAACCACAAGCACAAGGGGAAUGAAGGAUACCACGUUCUGCUUACUGGAGGAAUGGAAAAAGUUCUUCGCAUAUAUGAUUUUAAUCGGCGAGAUGCGCACCUCCCAAGGAAAUUGAAAGGCCUGGUUCUGUUGUGGGAUGUGAGAACUGGCACAAUUGUUCGGAUGCGUGAGACCAAGUCCGCUGUAACCAGUGCUGAGGUUGCAACAAGGGUCAUCAUGGUCCAGUCCAUUGCGAUCGUUUCUCACGAGGUGGCAAAUCAUAUGCCACGGGAUUUGAAGACGGGACCAUUGGCAGACUGGUCCAACUAA